UUUAUGUCCAGUGUCGCGCAGGUCGUCAGGGAAGUUGGUGUGGGCGUUCCGUGAGGUGGCUGUUGAUGCUGGGAUUUUCCUCCUCGGCUAGCUCCUGAUGUUUCUCCCUACAUUAGAGCACGACAUGCACCAUUUCAAGCCCAGUCGGGACAGACUGUACACCACAAGAUGCUGUGGCUGUUGCCAUGUGAGGACCGGGACUAUCAUCCUCGGAACUUGGUACAUGGUAGUCAACCUGCUGAUGGGCAUCCUGCUGACUGUGGCAGUGACACACCCAGAAAAUGUGCCCACUAUCGACCUGCAGUAUGAGGUUAUCGAUCAUUACUUUGCCUCAGACAGGAUGUCUGAGAAUGCCUGUGUUGGAUUUGCCAUUUCUCUGCUGAUGCUCACUAUCAGUGCCAUGAUGGUGUAUGGAGCCAUUACUCAUCGUGAUGGCUGGCUUAUCCCGUUCUUCUGUUACCAACUGUUUGACUUUGCUCUGAGCUGCCUGGUGGCCAUCAGUUCUCUCACCUACCUGCCCAGGAUCAAGGACUACCUGGACCAGCUGCCGGACUUCCCCUACAAAGAUAACCUCCUGUCUCUGGACUCUAGCUGCCUGCUGCUCUUUGUGCUGGUCUUCUUCGCCUUCCUCAUCAUCCUCAAGGCCUACCUGAUCAACUGUGUGUGGAACUGCUACAAGUACAUCAACAACAGGAACAUGCCAGAGAUUGCUGUGUACCCGGCUUUUGAGGCCCCUCCCCAGUACAUCCUGCCCACCUAUGAGAUGGCAAUGAAGAUGCCAGAGAAGGAACCCCCUCCUCCUUAUAUGCCUGCUUAAGCACCCACCCUCCAUUACCAAAACACACACACACACACACACACACACACACACACACACACACACACACACCAUCAUAUGCACACCUACACUCCCUUCCUAGCCCUCUCCCAACACCACGGCCCCCUCCCCUCCAGUGUAUGUGUAUGGCCACUCCAAACUUCUUGUUUGACCCUGCCAAAUGCAUUUCUGUGAACCUUACAUCCUGUAGAUAUGAGCAGAAAGGUGCUAUUAAAGAGUGAGUUCUCUAUCAGGGAAUGAUUGAGAUGUUUAAAUAGCAAUGAAAGAUACCAGCCAAUCCCCCCUCCCCCCUAGCCUUUUUUUAUGUCUUAGUAAAGGGAUACUUGUGAAAAUUUAAUUGCUUGAAAUGCUCUCAUCAAUCCAGCACCAUCUUAUCCUUAGAUUGAUAUAUGAAGUGUAAAAGGACAAAAAAUCUUAUGACAAUCCACUUAAUUAUAACUCUUAUUGUUUUGUUUUUUUCCCUUAUUAAGAGCUAGAUUUGAUUCCAUCUAAGCCUCAGAUGGAGAUGUUUGUAGCACUUUUUUGUCAGUUCUGUUAUUUAUUUAGCAUCGCUGUGGGUCAGUACAUCGCCCUGCCAUGUUGAGCACCUCUCCGCCGCCCUCCUGGUGAUUCUGCCUCCUGUUAGACAAGUUAGUGAGCGGUGCUGCAGCUGAGGCUGCGCACGACGGAGACAGCAGGGGGCGCUCAUGACUCCUUUCAUCAAGCGGUUACUCUUGUGAACGGUAGUUGUUGCAUGCUAAUUUUAUCCCUCUUUCUUUACGGUUAAUACCAUAUUUUGAUCCUAGUGGAAAUACAUUUGGCUUCAAUAAACGUUUCAAAACAUUUGAAUCCAU